AUGAAGAAGAUAGAAAUAUUUUAAGUUUAGAAAAAUAAAGCGAGAGAGAAACAAAAGCAUAAAGAAUUUAGUAAAUCCUCUGAAUUAGAAUUAAUUUCCUAUAUAGAUGAAUAAUGUUAGGUUAUUGAAAUUUUGGGAAGAGUAUUUGAUUAUCACAACUUAAAAGUAUUUCAAUUAAAUCCUAAGUCAAGUGAGAAAUGUCAACAAGUGAACAGAAUUGCUAUAUUCCUUUUAUCGACAUAACAAGAUUGCUAUUGA